UAAAAUAAACGUUCUACUUUUUGACCACGCUCUCAAACUCAGUUGCAUGUCAGAUCGCGUCUCAAGGGCUGCCAGCUGCUGGCACCUGGCAAGCUGGCGCGGUUGAACACGACGUCUAUUCCUCGACUGGCUUCUUUUUCUUUCUCAUGAUCUUUCGUUCGUCUGCUAGUUAACUGUGAUUGCGAAAGACUCUACUUCGGUUACAUGGGUUUUAGGUAAUUUAUUUGGGAUAUCAUUUUGUACUUGGUUGGGCUUCACGGGUUACAAGCUCCAUCUUCAGCAUGUUUUAUAGUCAUCAAAUUCUUCAAAGCAGUCAGUAUGGGGUGUCUACCAUUUGGAUUGCAGCCAACUUUUCCAAGACUGGGCCCAAAAAGCUGAGCAAACGAGCCAUCCAAGAUGUCAACGUCCCCAAGGCUUGUGAGACAAUUCUCGAACCAGGCCCGCCGUUGGCCUUGAGACUUCAAGGGAAACUUCUCUAUGGAGUAUCGAAAGUGUACUCGCAGCAAUGCGCUUACGUCUUGUCCGACGCAGAGAGAACCCAGUCUGAAAUGAAGACCUUCUUUCGAAAUCUGCAACAUGCCGAGACAAACCAACUCGUCGGGAAAGCAAACCGCUCAGCCAUCACUCUCGAAGAUGACCCGAGCUUUGAUCCUUUAAGCCUGUUGCCACCUCUAGACUUGAACAAGGACAUCCUUGACUUUGGCAUCCCAAGUCAAGGUGAACUCUUCAGUAACUCGCAAAUGACGCCCCUCGAUGCACUUACUCGUCUCCAAAGAAACGCACAUCGCCAGGCAUCCUUGAUUAGCAUUGACCUCCCGCCGUCUUCGCAUUCUGGAGCGAGUUAUCGUCUUCCAAGAGACCUUCUCAGACACAGCUCACCGUUUGCGCAGCAAACCAAUGUAUCAGAUCUUGGAGUGGAGCCCAUGUCCAUCUUUGAAGACGAUUUCGAUAAAAUAAAAGGCAUUGGGCUAGACUUUGACGGUGAGGGAAAUUUAAUUGAAAUUCUUGAUGAGCCUACACUUCCUCCUCUCCGAGGUAGUUCUGUGGACAAACACCCUACGACAGGUCAACCUGGUCUCGAUGAUCCGCUUAUCUUUGAUGAACCUGGCCUACCUGAAGCAGAACCAUUUCCAACGACGGCAGCGAAGAAACGGCCCUCGCCAGACGCUUUUGAGCCCGACACUAUCGAAGAAUCGACCCAAGUUCCCCGACCCAAGCGGCGACGCAUAGCCAGACCAGGGGUACUUGUAGACGAAGCUACCGAAGUCUCCAGAAGCACGAUCUCGCAUUGGAAUAAAUCCUAUCCACAGCUCAUGCUCGACGCUACCAGUCGUCAGAAUCACUAUACGCCGGCUCAAUGCAGGAAAUCUGCUGCAGCUUUUGUCUUGAACAAUGGUAUUGCAGGGGUAGGUCAAAUGGUUGACCGCAAAGAGACUUCUCAUCUUCUCCAAGAGCAGUUCUCCGGUCUUGCACUGAUGUCCCGUCUUCGUGGUGAAGAUCCAAACUCAUCUGACGAUGAUGACGAGCCAAGAACUCCCAAGCGGCGCCAUACCCGACAGACAUCUCGCCAAGGGUUCAAUACCUUGCAGCGUGCUCCAGAAAGUGAAGUUGGCCGCGGUGUAACCGAGUCAACCCAAGCUCUUGCAUUGGGAGAGGACUGGCUCUCGGAGCAAGGCAUGGACGUCGUACCCCCUAUGUCAGACCACCACUCGUCAUCGCUGAUGCCAUGGUCUAGAGCAGGAUCAGCAGGUCCUGUUCCUCCUAGUUCUUCUAUUCAUGGGAGUGCAAAGAGAUCUUCAAUUGUAGCACCGUCACCUUUACUAGCUCGCAGCACUACAAGCUUCCUAGCUGCCGUCGAGCGACGAAGUGAUCCUGCAGAGCCCACGCUGGCUCUCGGAGAUGUUAGUCUGGACUCUUCAAUUGGCGACAUAUUUCCUCUUAAUUUUGAUAAAGGCCUCGAUGUGUCUAGCCAGGAUUUUCUGGAGUACACAAUUCGACAGAUGGUAGGCAAGGAUGGACACGAGGACGACGGCCAUCGAUGGGUGGCAUUUACGGAGCUGGCGCCAGUUGCGGACGAUGCCAAAGCGGUGGCUGCACAGGCGUUUCUUCAUGUUUUAGGAUUGGCGUCCAAGAAUAUCGUCAAGGUUACGCAGGAUGGCAGAGAUGAUGGCGAAGCCUUUGGCGAGAUUUACAUUGGUUUGCCCAAGGUCGAUGGGCGCGAUGACUGACUGACUUAUAUGGAAUCUGGGUACUAGGAACUAAUGGUUAUGCAAU